CGCGGACUGUCCUGAAUAAACAAAAUAAUCGUGAUGUGUAGAUGAUACCUAAUGAAUAGUGAUACCGUUUAAAAUUGUGUUAUAAGUGCAUUUCUGUGGAUAAAUAUGCCAAAAUAUAGAGAUGUAGAAAAGGCGGAGCCUGAAGAAGAUGAAAAUGCAACACUCCUGUCUCAGCACAAUGACAAACUACGACCACCGAGACCGAAACCUGCCGCCAAAAGUAAUGGGACCACACCUGCACCCCCCGUAUACAUGUCGUUGCAAGUGCAGCCAAUCGGGUCGUCGUCAACAAUAUACACCCCCGACACCACGCCAGCCCCCGACUCAGCAGAGUGGUCUAAGAGAUGGCGACGCAACGACAGGCGACAGGGGCGACUAAACACCGAACUUCUCGAGGCUAUUGAGUCGCAUAAUGUAGAAGAAGUUGAAAGACUGCUCAAUGCCGGUGCAAGUCCGAACGCGACAUGUCGUCAAGACCUGGUGUCAGCUUGCCACAUGUCAGCCAUGCUUGGAGGAGAUUCUUUAGAUCUCCUGCUCAAAUUUGGCGCAGAGAAGUGCCGUCAAGACAGACUUGGUCGCUCGCCAUUACAUCUAGCUGCAUUCGCGGGGAAUGCAAGACAAAUGGCAGUUCUGCUGGAUUUUCCAGAAGACAUACAAAGGAGGGUGGCCAACGAUGAUAUGUCUUCCGAAGCAGAAGAGGACGUGAAGAAAAUCAGCCCAUUGACCAAGGAGAUGGUGAAUGUAAGAUGUAACGUGGUUGGGGUCGAAACCCACCUACCUAAGUCCUGGAGUGAUAAUAUCGACCAUGACUGCAUGGAUAUAGAAGGAACUCUACCUUUGCUCCAAGCUGGCUGGACACCGCUCCACGUGGCAGCAUCUUGCGCUCGUCGCCACUGUACUAGACUUCUACUGGCUGCUGGCGCCAACCCCAACAUUGAAGACGUGAUGGGUCGGACGCCUCUUGACGUAGCCGGCUCUGGAUAUUAUUUCGGCCAGGAUAUUAACAGUAGAAAUUUUACAGAUGUGGUCAAAAGGCUUCUGGCUGCUGGUGGUCAUUAUUAUAGCAUGGAGGGUAGUGGAAUGAAUAUAGACACCCCAUUACAUACAGCUGUUGAAUUAUCUAAUAUGGAUUGUAUAAAUGAAUUACUUGAAGCUGGUGCGUCUAUUGCUUGUCUUAACUCUAAAGGAAUUACUCCUCUGCAUGUAUGCGUUAACAAAGAACUUGAACCACCUCUUAAGAUCCUAGCAAACUAUGCUUAUAAAGAUGCUGAUCCAUUAAGAGCUAUGGUUGAUGUAAAAGAUAAAGAUGGAUACACAGUGUUGCAGGCCGCUGUUAAAGCCGCCUGGGUAGCGGGAGUAUGCAUUGCUUUAGAAGCCGGAGCAGAUGUUACGAUUAGGGCAAAAGAUGGUGAGACACCGAUACACUGUGCUGCGGCGUUGGGUGAUUUGGAUGUUCUUAAUGAAAUUCUAAGUGUAUCCAAACAAAAAGACUUUAUAGACUGCCAGAAUGAAGAAGGAGAAACGCCUUUGUUUAAAGCAAUUUUAUUUGGACAUUUAAAAUGUGUAGAUCUAAUCCUUAAUGAAGGUGCCUCAAUAAAACUAACUAUGCCAGGAGAUGUAAAUGUCCUUCAUGUUGCAGCUGAAUUGGGUCAUGUUGAUAUAUUAAAACAUUUAGUAGAAUAUAACGAUGGUAUCGCAGAGGACAUGAUUAACAAUUUAACAACUGCAGAUCGAAGAGGUUUUGGCCCAAUACACUUUGCAGUUUUAAACAAUAAUGUAGACUGUCUGAAAUACUUAUUGACGAAAAAGUCUGAUAUACGAUUAAGGACAACGGAUAGUCCAUUCAAAUCAUCUACACCACUACAUAUAGCAGCAUUAAAAAAUUUUGAAACAAUAGCCAAAGUUAUACUAGGUCAUGAUAGGACAACCAUACAUGAAGUAAACAACAUGGGUUGGAACCCUUUACAUACCGCUGGCCAUCAUGGCAGUAGAGACAUCAUAACACUUCUUUUGCAAGAAGGAGCUGAUUUAUCAGGAUAUACCGAUGGCCCUAGUAAGUUUAGAAGGACGGCUAUAGACAUGAUUAUUCAUAGCAUAUCGAAACCUACAUGUUUCAUGGAAAAAGUUUUGGACUCUUACAUUUCAUCAAAUUCUCAGAAUUUCCAAGAUUCUAAAUGUGAAGUAACUGUAGAUUACAGAAUAUUAAUGCCAACAAUUUGCGAAAUGGAACAGAUGAAAGUUAUAGAAGCCCUCCUUGAAACGGGUAACAGGUUUGGACAGUUGAAACUGCUCGUUCACCCAUUAGUAGAGAGUUUCCUUUACUUAAAGUGGAAGGCUUUGCUGCCUUUCUUCUAUACUAUUAUUGCUGUCUAUGCUCUUUUUGUUAGUUCACUAACAAUUUUUACUAUUUCGGUUUUCUACUAUAAAGAUACAGCAGAUAACCCUCCUGCAUUAUUGAACCCCCAAGCUUGGGGUCAAAUAGUAUAUAUAACCAUAUUUUUAAUAAUGCUACAGGAAAUCCUUUACAUGAAUACAAAAAGCAUGAGAUAUUUUUCGCAACUUGAGACUUGGAUCAAAUUCUUAUCAAUAGCUCUAGCAGCGAUUCUACCGCCAACUGUUGCUCUGGUAUCAAUAGAAACGAUUGAAUGGCCCAGACAUGUAGCUACUAGUGCUUUGUUAUGUUCCUGGAUAGAACUCAUGUUUCUAUUGUCAAGGUUUCCAAAUUGGGGUUACUACUUCCUCAUGUUUGGGAAAGUGGCUUCGAAUGUUAUUAAGAUUCUAUUAACGUUUGCAUUUUUAGUAGUUGGAUUCUCUCUCAGUUUUAUGAUACAGUUCCGAUCCAAAAUACCUUUUGAUGGACCAUGGGCAGCUUUUGUGAAAACCAUGGUCAUGAUGACAUCAGAGUUCGAUUAUAAUGCGCUUUUUGACCAAGAACAUUCACAAGAACUCGCAACAUCUCUGGUUAUAGUUCGUCUUAUAUUUCUAGUAUUUCUAAUAUUGGCUGCGAUUGUCCUUAUGAAUCUUAUGGUGGGUGUUGCUGUUAAUGACAUAAAUGACUUGGAAAUACUGGGUAAUAUACGAAGACUUGCAAAGCAAGCCGAGUUUCUAAGCAGGCUGGAUAACUUAGUGUAUAAUAGGUUUUUCACUACUGUCCUACCCAGACGGUUGAAUAAUCGUAUAAAAAAUAAAAGGAAUGUAAUGGGAGUUAUAACUUUCUGUCCAGGGAGGGCAAAAUUUCGUAUCUAUAAGUCGCUACCAUCUCAUCUAAAGAAUGCAAUUAUCGAUAAAGCAAAUGCGCAAAAGAAGCAACUUGAAGAAGAGUUCCAUUUAGAAGUUUUUAAAACGAAAAUUGAUGAAAUGCAUGAGGCAAUCACGAAGAAGAAAUACCAAGAAGCUAAAAAGGACGAUGAGAAUCAAAAAGAACAACCAUUAGUACAAAAAAUUAAAUACGAAGACAUUUUUAGACGUCUUAACAGUUUAGAUGAAAGUAUGACUGAGGUUAAAGCUCAGGUGAAGACUAACGAAGAAGACGCAAAACUUAUAGAAGAAUUGAAUGUAAAGAUGGACCAGAUGUCCUUAGAAAUAGAAGUUAUAAAACAGUUCUUAAGUAGAUUAGAAAGUAAAGUUGGCAGUUUAUAAGUACAAUUUUUUUUUUAAUAUACAACGAUCCGGCUUACAACUUUUCCAUUGGUUUAAAUCGUGGUGGACUACGGCCUAAACCCAUCUCAUUAUGGGAGAAAACCCGUGCCGUGGUGCCGUGAUAUCAGCGGAACUUGCUUCGUUCGUGCACGGACGGUAUGCUACAGACUCCGUACACUCGAACAAGAAUUCUAUUAGCACUUACUGUGGAUUGUGACUCUGGAAGUCCCUACUUCUGACGUACGUCAGGUAAAAUCUUUAGGAAUAUUCAUAAGACGUUUGAAAUAUUUUUUUUAUCUAUAUAGCA